CAGGCACCAAGAGGCACGCGAGCUGACGACCAUUUAUUUGCCAUUUUUCAUCUAAUUCUUUGUCAGUUUGUCUUUGGUCAAUAUUAUCGUUGCUCAUCGUUCUUGAUACUUAUUUCUGUCUAUGCAGGACGUAUCGUAAUUGAUAAAUAAGAUCAGUUUGAUAGCAGAUUGACGGGUUUAGGCGAAAAAUGGAGGAACAGGAAGAAGAUUGUUUUACUGCGCCGCAACCAACGAAUGAAAGAAAUUUGGUCAGUCCUGUAAAACUCGACCUGGCAGACGACUCGGGAUUUUCCAGCAUAGCCGGCUCUAUUGCAGAAUCUACAAUUUCAAACAAUGAAUCAGAAAAGCCUGCAUCUGCAGUCGUUGAUACACAGCACAACGCAUUCGCUCUCCUUCAACAAAAAAAAGAAGAGAAAAGACGGAAACUUGAAGAAGAAAGAGAGAAGAGGCGGCUCGCCGAAGAAGAAUAUAAUCGCGAGGUUUCGGAACGCAGAUAUAAACGCUUGAUGCAUCUACUGGAUAAAAGUCAAUUCUACGCUAAUUUGAUAUUGAAAAAGAACGACGAUUCUACCAAAACGUCAACUUCGAUGUUGCCGCAGGAAGAGCCGCCAGAGAUAAAGGCACCAACGAAAAAAAUGCCGACCAAACGUAAAGUCGUUAUACCAAAGGAAAAUUCUCCACCGGCAAAAAGACCUAGAAGGAACGUGAGGCCAAGAGAGGAACACGAUUUAAAAGAUUUCGUAACUACCAACGCUACAAGCAGACUCCGGGACAGAAAAAAAAUGAAAAAACGUUUUCUACAAGAAGAUGAGGAAGACGAUAAUCCUGAUUCAAGUCUAGAAUCAGUUUCAGAGAAGAUUGAAGAUGUGUCACUCAAUGCAACGGAAGAUGAAGUGGAAUUCACGCCAUCAAAAUAUUUCGUUGGUGAACUACGGGAUUAUCAAAUAGAGGGUUUGAAGUGGUUGAAAGUUCUUUAUAAAAAUGGUUUGAAUGGCAUCUUGGCAGAUGAAAUGGGUCUUGGAAAAACGAUUCAAGUAAUUGCUCUCUUCUGUGAACUCAUAGAAAACCGCCACAGCGGUCCAUUUCUGAUCGUAGCACCACUCUCAACUAUUCCAAAUUGGUUACUGGAAUUUGAAAGAUUCGCUCCAAGUCUACCGGUAGUUUUGUUUCACGGCCCACCCGAAGAAAGGUCAGCAGCUCAUCGAAAGAUUAAGCAAAAGUAUCUUGUCGAGAAUGGAUAUAAAACGCAACCCAUUGUGAUAACUACAUAUGAAGUACCUUUAUGGGAAAAAAGUUUUCUCAGGACGCAAAAGUGGAGAUACAUUGUGAUCGACGAGGGUCACAGGAUUAAAAAUCAUCAAUGCCAGCUAGUCAAAGUUUUAAAAAUGUUAAAGUCAAUGAACCGAUUACUGUUAACCGGUACGCCACUGCAAAAUAAUUUGGCUGAGCUGUGGUCUCUGUUAAACUUCCUCCUCCCCGACAUCUUCAAUGACUUGGCAGUUUUUGAAUCUUGGUUCGAUGUGAAGGAACUGCAACAUGAGGAGGGCACUAUGAAGUUCCUCCGGCAAGAAGAGGAAAAGAAAGUUGUCGCAUCGCUUCGUGAAAUCUUGAAACCCUUUAUGCUUAGACGUGUCAAGACAGAUGUCUGCUUGGAAAUUCCUGCUAAAAAAGAGAUAAUUGUUUACGCGCCACUAACGGAACUACAGAGAGACUUGUACAAAGCCGUUCUGAAUCGGGACCUCCAAACUCUCAGUAAGAUUGAAGAAGAUCCGGUUAUCAUCGACAUUGACGGCGUGAGACCGAAGAGGAAAUGCGUUCUUAAAAACAGUUGUGAUUCGCUUUAUUCAAAAGCUUUAAAAUCAAGUCCGGGCAACUCCUUGAAGAAUUUAGAGUCCUUGAGUGAAACAACAAGCUUGGCCAGCUACGAAAGUGUUGAGUGGUAUCCAAAUAAAUAUGAAUUAAAAAUGUCACCGUUAGAUAUUGCGGACAAAAAAGAUGUCUGGACCGAUUUCUCCAAUCUCGGAGAAGUUAUGAAGAAGAAAUCGAAUUCCGAUUGUGAAAAAACAUCUGCAUCAUCAAAGACUGAUCAGAGUAUUCACAAAUUGAGGACCAACAUUCAGAAUCCAGCUCCUUCAUGUAAUAACAGUGUAGACGAGUUUGGUUCCAAAAAUUCGCUCAUUUUCAAUAUGAACAAAAUGAUGGUCGGCGAUAAAGAUGAUAAUUUAACUCUAGAUAAAAUGCUCUGUAAAGAAGAUUUGGAGUCCAAAUCUUUGAGUAUUGGAAGCUCUGCUACUAGUAGCUUCACUGUUGAGAAAAAUCCCUCUAAGUCGCUCAAGAAAGAUAGUAAAAUAUUGGGUUUGAGCAGUGUAAGCAAAGUAAAGUUUAGCAAGAAAGUUCCAAGCCAAGCUAUCAGUACAAAAAACAUUAAGAAAAAUAAGAAAUCUCUUUCUCUGAACAAUUUAAACAAUUCGACAGAUAAGAUGAUUGAAAAGCAUUAUUUGUCUAAUGGUAACAUUUCUCUGAUCAGUAAAGAAAGCGACGAAGACUUUGAUGGUAUAGAUGGAAAGGAAUAUCCAAUCGAUCGCCAAAAAGAUUUAUUGAUGUGGAGGCAGUAUACAGACGUCAAUGAAAGAAAUCAGGAAUUCUUUAUACAUCUUACGUUUGGUUCGAGGCUGCCGAUGUAUAAGAAAAUUGUGAACCAUCCUUAUCUGAUGCAUUGUCCACUGGAUUCGUGUGGCUUGCCAACAGUUGAGGAGGAUUUGGUCAAAGCUUCUGGAAAGCUUAUGGUGCUUGAUCAAAUGUUGGCUAAACUCAAGGAAAGGGGUCACAAGAUUCUCUUGUUUUCGACUUGGACGAAAAUUCUUGAUAUCCUCGAAGAUUAUUUGUGUAUGCGAAAUUACUUGUAUGUGAGACUGGAUGGAGGUACUAAGAUCGAACAGAGGAAAGAAAACAUUACCAUUUUCAACAAUGAUCCGAAUGUCUUUAUAUUUUUAAUAUCCACAAGAGCUGGAGGCGUUGGAUUAAAUCUCGCUGGUGCCGACACUGUCAUCAUUUACGACAGUGACUGGAAUCCACAAGCUGACAUCCAAGCCAUGGCACGGUGUCACAGAAUUGGUCAGUCGAAACCAGUCGUUGUUUACAAAUUCUGUACAAAGGGUACGAUCGACGAGGAAAUUAUUAAGCGGGCUGAUGUCAAGCGUAAACUAGAAAAGAUGGUAAUUUCAAAGAAGGAUAUCGGCUACAAUUUGAACAACAAAGACAAUCUCUUAAAGCUGAAGCAACUUCUUGGAUCCAACGAUUGCCAGGUUGUUUCCUCUGAAAAAGAUGGUUAGUUUCAUUCUCAUAAUUUAUAUUUUUAGUCCUAGUGACAGUUCGAACAAAAUUAAAAUGAAAAUUAAUCGCCAAGGCUCU